CAGAGUGGAAUAAUAAGCCCAGGAGUGGCUUUGAGGACGGCUGGAAGUGCAAUGUCUUCCAAGUUCUUCCUAAUGGCUCUGGCCAUAUUUUUCUCCUUCGCCCAGGUUGUAAUAGAAGCCAAUUCUUGGUGGUCGCUAGGUAUGAAUAACCCUGUUCAGAUGUCAGAAGUAUAUAUCAUAGGAGCACAGCCUCUCUGCAGCCAGCUGGCAGGACUUUCUCAAGGACAGAAGAAACUCUGCCACUUGUAUCAGGACCACAUGCAAUACAUUGGAGAAGGCGCGAAGACAGGCAUCAAAGAAUGCCAGUAUCAGUUCAGACAUCGAAGAUGGAACUGCAGCACUGUGGAUAACACCUCUGUCUUUGGCAGGGUUAUGCAGAUAGGCAGCCGCGAGACGGCCUUCACGUACGCGGUGAGCGCCGCGGGGGUGGUGAACGCCAUGAGCCGGGCGUGUCGCGAGGGCGAGCUGUCCACCUGCGGCUGCAGUCGCGCAGCGCGCCCCAAGGACCUGCCGCGAGACUGGCUGUGGGGCGGCUGCGGUGACAACAUCGACUAUGGCUACCGCUUCGCCAAGGAGUUCGUGGACGCGCGCGAGCGGGAGCGCAUCCACGCCAAGGGCUCCUACGAGAGCGCGCGCAUCCUCAUGAACCUGCACAACAACGAGGCGGGCCGAAGGACGGUGUACAACUUGGCCGAUGUGGCCUGUAAGUGCCACGGAGUGUCUGGCUCAUGUAGCCUCAAGACGUGCUGGCUGCAAUUGGCGGACUUCCGCAAGGUGGGUGACGCCCUGAAGGAGAAGUAUGACAGCGCCGCGGCCAUGCGGCUCAACAGCAGAGGCAAGUUGGUUCAGGUCAACAGCCGCUUCAAUUCACCCACCACGCAGGACCUGGUCUACAUCGACCCCAGCCCCGACUACUGCGUGCGCAACGAGAGCACUGGCUCCCUGGGCACGCAGGGCCGUCUCUGCAACAAGACAUCGGAGGGAAUGGACGGCUGCGAGCUCAUGUGCUGUGGCCGUGGCUACGACCAGUUCAAGACCGUGCAGACUGAGCGCUGCCACUGCAAGUUCCACUGGUGCUGCUACGUCAAGUGCAAGAAGUGCACGGAGAUCGUGGACCAGUUUGUGUGCAAAUAG